AUGGGACUAAGGUUAGGUAAAAGGCUCACAAGGUUAUGUCUCCUUUUAAUAGCGGUGCUGGGAUUAUCUGGUGUAGUACUCUAUGCUACAGGUCAUGAAAUGACAACCUACUACGUUGAUAGUACAAAAGAUUUGGUUGAUAGCUACAAAGACUGGUGGAAUACAGAAGAAAAACAUGCUGAAGAGGACCAAUCACUCCAGGCAGACCCUGAAACCGAUCUUAAAGGUUACGCAGACGGUACGACGUUAGCGGACUCCGAGGAAGUUCAACAGGAAGAGCAGGGGAUAACUGGCGUGAUAGAAGAUAAUAAGAACGGCAACGUGGUAAAUGCCACAGUGAAAGCAGCAUUUGUCUCCCUUGUUAGAAACGAAGAUCUGGCCGAGAUCGUAAAGACGGUAACCAACUUGGAAGAGCGUUUCAAUGGAAAGUUUCAUUACCCAUACGUGUUUCUAAACAAUGAACCGUUUUCGGACCCCUUCAAAGAGGCUAUUCGUGAAGUUGUUUCCUCUGACGUCAAAUUUGGCUUAAUUCCUAGAGAACACUGGUCAUUUCCAGAAUGGAUCGAUCAAGAACGAGCUGCCGAGGUUAGAGCUACUGCAGACUACAUAUAUGGGGAUUCUGAGAGCUAUCGCCACAUGUGCCGAUACGAGUCCGGAUUUUUUUGGAGACACGAGCUCAUGGAAAAAUACGAUUAUUACUGGCGCGUGGAGCCUAGCACGAAGCUCCAUUGCGACGUCAACUACGAUGUUUUCCAGUGGAUGCAGGACAAUAACAAGGUUUACGGCUUUACAGUUUCCAUCAAAGAAUUUGAAUCCACCAUCAAGACUCUCUGGAAGACAACGAUGAACUUCACUAAAGAAUAUCCUGAGUAUCUGGCUGAAAACAACAUGCUAGACUACAUUUCUAACGACCACGGGGAGACUUACAAUUUGUGUCAUUUUUGGUCUAACUUUGAAGUUGCCAGUCUCAACUUUUGGAGGUCCGAGGCCUAUAGAAAGUACUUCGAACAUCUUGAUAAGGCCGGUGGAUUUUUUUACGAACGCUGGGGAGAUGCACCUGUACACUCUAUUGCUGCCGCCCUGUUCUUGCCAAGUGAACAAGUACAUUAUUUCCCAGAAAUUGGAUACUUUCACCACCCUUUCAACAACUGCCCUUUGGACCAAGAUAUUUGGCACAAGAAUAAAUGCACCUGUUCGCGGAUGCUUGACUUUUCGUUCCAGGGCUACUCUUGUACAAAAGAGUACUACGACUUCAAAAAAAUGAAAAAGCCCGAUGGCUGGGAGAUGUUCAGAUCUUGA